CAAAUCAUUCGCUUCAACUCUAUGCGGUACUAUAGUUCAUAGUGUCGCAACUGUCGCAUUUGGAAAUUAUUUAUCCGCCACCACAGGCUUGUUUCUGACUUUCUUUCGAAGUCCUGACAAAGAUGAUACUUCAUGGUCUGCUCAACUAAGAAGAUACAUAAUUCUCACCGCAUCCUCACAAUUAUUAGGAGUAAUAUGUCUUAUGACCUACAUGACAACCAGAUUCUUUAUGCUUAAUAAUGAUGUUUUGCCUGAAUUGCUUCGUAGAUGCUCAAUAGUAAUGUAUUCUAUUUGUGCUGCGAGUGCUUUAACUAAUUUUGUAAGGAUUAUUUAUGUUACUUGUGUUACGUCUCGUUCCAAAUCUAAGGAUAAUCUUAUGCCCUAUUUUUUUGAGCCUUUACAUUUUUCAAACAACCCUUAUGUUGAUAACACUUAUUUAGCCCCUUAUGGUGCUAAUGUAAACUCUCAUGCUGCUAAUAUAAAAUCUCAAGCUGAAAAAGAAGCACGUGAGAAAGAAACUCAUCAUCUAAUGUUAUCAGGUCCUCUCACCAUUAUUCAAAUCAUUUUCUUUACUAUUAUCUAUAUUAUUCAAAUGAUUUUUCAAAUAUCUAUGAAAAUUAAAUAUCCUUCUGUUGGUUAUAUGUAUACUUUUCAAAUGAUAUAUUUACAUGUUGGUUAUGUUAGUUUUUAUUUAUAUUGUGAUGAGGGUUAUUUAUCUUCUUCAUUAUUAUUUAUUAGUAAUUUCGCUUUGGGUAAUGUUCUUCAUGGUGCUUUUUUCUUGGCUUUCGGUGAAAUGAAAUAUAAUUAA